GGGGCCCCCGGAAUUAUUCUCACACGCUUUAACGAUUGGGGGAACCUGAGAACCGGAAGGACGUUACUUACCUAAGAGGAGCAGGCGACUGGUCAUGAUGACCCAGCGAGUCUGGAUAAGCAUGAAGCUCUUACCCCUGAUGGCCUUGGCCUGGUGUUUGGCCAUCCCCCCAGCAAAGGCUGGCAAGAGCUCUGAAGACAUCCGAUGCAAAUGCAUCUGCCCCCCAUAUCGGAACAUCAGCGGACACAUAUACAACCAGAAUGUGUCGCAGAAAGACUGUAAUUGCUUACACGUGGUGGAGCCAAUGCCCGUACCAGGCCAUGACGUAGAGGCUUACUGUUUGCUGUGUGAGUGUAAAUAUGAGGAGAGAAGCACCACCACCAUCAAGGUCAUCAUCGUCAUCUAUCUGUCGGUGGUGGGUGCCCUGCUGCUCUACAUGGCCUUCCUCAUGCUAGUGGAUCCUUUGAUCAGAAAGUCAGAUGCCUACACACAGCCACUACACAAUGAGGAGGAGAACGAGGAUGCCCGUUCCCUGGCAGCAGCCUCUGCCCCACUGACAGGACCUCGAGCUAACACAGUGCUGGAGCGGGUAGAGGGUGCCCAGCAGCGAUGGAAGCUGCAGGUGCAAGAACAGAGGAAGACUGUGUUUGAUCGUCACAAAAUGCUCAGCUAGAUGGGCCGGGUCAGUUAGGCCAAGGACAAGAGGAAGCAAUGAGGGUGGGGGGUCAGGGGACCUGUUUUUUUCCCUUCUCCCUCUCUCUUUUCUCUCUCUCAAUCCUUCCUGUUACAAGCCUGUGGCAUUGCCCUUCUUUUCUACCCACCCUCAUCGUCCCUUUUCCCUUAGACGUGAUGAUCCAAGGAGGGUGAGCCCCACUCCUCAAUGCAUCUCAGGACUUUGGAUUUGGGGGGAGAUAGCCCCAAGGUAACAAAGACAUUUCCUGAAGUCAUCAGGAUUGGGUAGGAAAUGUCUUCCCUCCUCUUCUGCCUUCCCCAGCUUAUCUCCAAAUCCUGGAGAGCUUCAGAACCCCUGGGAGAGGGAAGGAAGGGCAUCCGGAAUGUCUUAGUUUGGAAUGGAAGAAAAGAAACCCUGCCCAGCAUGACCUUGCUCCUGUCUCUUCUGCUGUGCUGUAGAUUAAAUAAGGCCAUUCCCCACACUCACAAAGACACAGUCAUCACACUCCACAAUUUCUGUGCCCUCCAGCCCAGAUCCUGAAGUCACUUCCAUGGAAAGGCUGCCUGUUUGGCUGACACCAUCAGGGUCUAUAUGCCAAGUAGCU